CUAAACCCUCGGAGAUGGCACUUUGUAACUCCGAACAUGAUGUCAUGACUUGAGAAAUCCAUCUUCGAUUGAACUGAAAGCGAAACUUUUAUCUUUGAGCAUGGAGCUGACGCCAUGCUUGAAGCUUCGAUAGAAUGCAUUCAAAACUUGCACUUCUUUUGUUCUCCGGAAAAUCCAUCUCUUCUCUUUCCAAUUGCAGAAAUCCUACUUCAAGAUAUGCUCUUUUCAAUCUUCUGAUUUCUCCACAAUUUAAUCGUCUUAAGUUCACCCAAAAUCUUGGAAAUUUGCCCUAUUUUAGUCAUUUCCUCUCCUUAAAUCGUCAUUUUUCCGGCUAUGCCGUUGAGCAGUUCUCAGAUGAUGAAUACGAAUGCGAUUUCGAGACUAAUGCGGCCUCGUCUUCGGUGGCAAAUAUUGAUGAGUGGAAGUGGAAACUCAGUAUGCUGUUACGCAAUGAACAUGAGCAAGAGAUUGUAUCUAAAGACAAAAGAGACCGAAGAGAUUAUGAGCAGAUAUCUAAUCUUGCUAGAAGGAUGGGGGUUUACUGUGAAAUAUAUGGCAAAGUGGUUGUUGCGAGCAAGGUACCUCUUCCCAAUUAUCGGCCUGACCUUGAUGAUAAGCGGCCGCAAAGAGAGGUGGCAAUUCCGUUAAGCUUACAGAGGAGAGUGGAAGGUUUACUUCAGGAACAUCUUGAUAGGGCUCAACUGAAUUCUGGAAAGGCUAGUGAUGGUGCACUGGAAUGUAAGCCCACUGAUAUGGACAGGAUCAUAACUUUGAAUGAGAAUCCAGAUACUAUGUUGGAUGAUUCUGUUAUGGAAAAGAUUCUUCAAAGGAGGAGCUUGCAAUUGCGUAAUAUGCAGAGAGCUUGGCAGGAAUCUCCUGAAGGCAGGAAGAUGCUCGAAUUUAGGAAAUCACUGCCUUCAUUCAGUGAAAAGGAGAGGCUGCUUCAAGCAAUUGCAAAAAAUCAAGUAAUUGUGAUUUCGGGCGAGACUGGAUGUGGUAAGACCACCCAACUUCCUCAGUAUAUAUUAGAGUCAGAAAUAGAAUCAGGCCGUGGUGCCUUUUGUAAUAUAAUCUGCACCCAACCUCGAAGAAUAUCUGCUAUGGCUGUUUCAGAAAGAGUCUCUGCAGAGAGAGGAGAAUCUCUUGGUGAAUCUGUUGGCUAUAAAGUUCGACUAGAAGGAAUGAAAGGGAAAAAUACCCAUCUACUUUUUUGUACCAGUGGUAUUUUGCUGCGUCGCUUGCUGAGUGAUCGAAACUUGAGUGGUGUGACCCAUGUCUUUGUAGAUGAAAUUCAUGAGCGAGGGAUGAAUGAAGACUUUCUUUUGAUCGUGUUAAAGGAUCUUCUCCCUAGGCGCCGGGAUUUGAGGUUGAUUCUCAUGAGUGCAACAUUAAAUGCAGAGCUGUUUUCGAAUUACUUUGGAGUUGCCCCAAUGAUCCACAUACCAGGAUUUACACAUCCGGUGAGGGCACAUUUUCUGGAAGAUGUGCUGGAAAUGACUGGAUACAAAUUGACAUCCUUUAACCAAAUUGAUGAUUAUGGCCAAGACAAAGUUUGGAAAACACAGAGACAAAUGGUGCCAAGGAAGAAAAAGAAUAAGAUUACCACUCUUGUUGAGGAUGCUUUGAAGGUUUCAAGCUUUGAAAACUACAGUCCUCGUGCACGGGAUUCUCUAUCAAGCUGGUCACCUGACUGUAUUGGAUUUAAUCUCAUUGAAGCCGUCUUGUGUCAUAUAUGUCGAAAGGAACGGCCAGGUGCUGUUCUGGUUUUCAUGACUGGCUGGGAGGAUAUUAAUUGUUUGAAGGAACAGAUUAAAGCCCAUCCUUUGUUAGGAGACCCGAACAGGGUUUUGCUACUUACUUGUCAUGGUUCAAUGGCUACUCAUGAACAGAAACUGAUAUUUGAGAGGCCGCCCCCAAAUGUUCGUAAAAUAGUUUUGGCUACAAAUAUGGCAGAGGCUAGCAUUACAAUCAAUGACGUAGUCUUUGUUGUUGAUUGCGGGAAAGCUAAAGAGACCACAUAUGAUGCUCUCAAUAACACCCCCUGUCUACUGCCUUCUUGGAUAUCAAAGGCUUCUAUGCGGCAGAGGAGGGGCCGGGCUGGGCGUGUACAGCCAGGAGAGUGCUACCAUUUAUAUCCCAGAUGUGUAUAUGAAGCUUUCGCUGACUACCAACUACCUGAGUUGCUGAGAACUCCAUUAAAUUCUCUCUGUUUGCAAAUAAAAAGUUUGCAAAUUGGCAGUAUUGCAGAAUUUUUGUCAUCAGCUCUACAGCCACCAGAACCGUUGGCAGUCCAAAAUGCUAUUGAUUUCCUGAAAAUGAUUGGAGCUUUGGAUGAAAAUGAGCAUCUUACGAAUCUUGGGAGGUAUUUGGCAAUGCUGCCCGUGGAUCCGAAACUUGGAAAGAUGCUUAUAAUGGGUGCCAUCUUCUGCUGCUUUGAUCCUGUCCUGACAAUAGUAGCAGGUCUUAGCGUUAAAGAUCCUUUCCUUUUACCUCAAGACAAAAAGGAUUUAGCUGGGAUAGCAAAGGCUAGAUUUUCUGCUAAGGAUUAUAGUGACCAUAUGGCUCUUGUUCGUGCAUAUGAAGGAUGGAAAGAUGCUGAGCGAGAAGGCUCAGCUUAUGAGUUCUGCUGGAGGAAUUUCCUCUCUGCUCAAACUCUUCAGGCUAUCCAUUCCAUUCGAAAGCAAUUCAAUUUCAUUUUAAGAGAUGCUGGCUUAAUAAGUGAGGAUGUAAGGUCAAAUAAUAAGCUAAGUCAGAAUCAAUCAUUGGUCCGUGCAGUCAUAUGCUCUGGCCUAUUUCCUGGCAUAACUUCUGUGGUGCACAGAGAGACAUCAAUGUCAUUUAAGACAAAGGACGAUGGACAAGUUCUACUCUAUGCGAAUUCAGUGAAUGCACGAUACCAGACAAUUCCUUAUCCUUGGCUGGUGUUUGGAGAAAAAGUAAAAGUCAAUACUGUUUUCAUACGUGAUUCAACAGGUGUCUCUGAUUCAAUAUUGAUGCUCUUUGGUGGUGCUCUUAGCAGUGGGUCACAGCCUGGGCAUUUGAAGAUGUUGGAUGGCUAUGUUGAGUUUUUCAUGGAUCUGAACAUGGCCGAGUGCUACUGCAAGCUAAAGGAGGAGCUUGAUAAGCUCAUACAAAAUAAGCUUGAAGAUCCUACCACUGACAUCCUGAAAGAAGGAAAGUACCUAAUGUUUGCUGUCCAAGAACUAGUAUCAGGAGAUCAAUGUGAAGGGAGAUUUGUAUUUGGGCGUGAUAGCAGGAGAUCUAAGGAUCCUGUAGACAGCAAUAAAUUUUCGAGAGACGGAAUGAAUCCAAAGAGCUUGCUGCAGACUCUGUUGAUGAGAGCUGGACAUUCCCCUCCUAAAUACAAACUUAAACACCUAAAAACCAAUGAGUUCAGGGCCCUGGUGGAAUUCAAAGGGAUGCAAUUUGUGGGAAAGCCUCAGAGGAACAAGCAACUUGCUGAAAAGGAUGCUGCGAUAGAAGCUUUAGCAUGGUUAACACAUACUGAAAAUAAAAAUGAGACUGAGGAUCAUAAUUCAUCACCAGAUGUCACUGACAACAUGCUGAAACUACUUGGAAAACGUAGAAAAUCUAAACGCCAUUGAGACUCUUCAUAUACCUAUAUGUUGCUUCUGCUUCCAUUAAAGGAGGAAACAAAAUUGACUUGCUUCAUCCUCGGCAAACGUAGCUCGAGGCUGCCAAUCAAAUGCUUCAUAGUUAUCUUUUGCCAUUCUGUUAAAAGUUAUCAAGGGGCAGGGCUUGUUGAUGAAAGAUGGUUUCUCAUAAAUACUGCAGGCUGCAGUUACACCAGGAUCUGCACUUGAGAUGAGUGAAAGUGUUGCGGACCUUUUGUUGUAUACUAGUACAUUUACGAAGCAAUGACGGGAUCUUUUCAGAUGUGAUUGUUUCACAAGAAACUUUGGCAUGGCUUAAGUUAAAUUUGGAUCCAUUUUAUCGUGAGGGGGAUCGAGAAUUGUACAGGGUGUUAUGGUAUUCAUAUGUUCGUUAAUGGUUAAUAAAGUGACUGGAUGCUAUUCGAUAGUUUUCAAAUGUAUUUAAAUGGUUACGUAAAUUUAAAUUUAAUCUAUGAAAGAGUAACAUUUUUUGUUUUCUUGUA